AUGAUUGUGACUUUUGCGACAAGUCUUGUUGUCAACUUUCUGUUAAAGCAAGCAUCAAGCAAAUCCUCUCGUAUCAAUGAGCCCAACGUCUUGGCUCCUUUCGCUCCGUGUAGACCAAAUGAUUCUUCGUCAUCGGCUAGUUGUCUUAGAGGUCAUUUUAAAAACUUUAAUGAUAAAGAUCGGGUUGGUAACAGAUGUUUUGAUUCUGACGUGAAACAACUGCUCGUUUCGGUGAUUUACCCGGUUUUGCUUUUUUAUCGCUUAGCAAAGGCUUGCAAAAGAUGCUCCAAAAAUUCUGCUUCACUAAAUCACCCACACGUUAAUUGUGUCUGGCGCCCUAGUGUUGCCAAAUAA